GUAACACAAGGCUAGCGAUGUAGCAUGUAGCAUAUUCACAAACUUGGAGAAGAUAUUUGACUUUGGAUAAGUUUUGUCCAGAAGACUAUGGUGUGAUGCACUGAAAUGGCUUGUCGUAUUCUUCUGGUAUUGCUGGCCUGUGGCUCUUUCAACCCCAUUACCCAUCAGCACAUGAGGCUGUUUGAGCUGGCCAGGGACCACUUGCACCAGACGGGUCUGUAUCGUGUUGUGGGUGGCAUUGUGUCUCCUGUCAGUGAUGGUUAUGGUAAACAGGGUCUUGUUGUGUCAAAACACCGACUCGCUAUGGCAAGACUGGCCCUGCAGAGCUCUGACUGGGUUACUGUCGAUGACUGGGAGAGCCAGCAGUAUGAUUGGACAGAGACUGUGGUGACCAUGAGGUACCACUACAGCCGAAUAGACGCUCAGUAUCAGCAGAGAAUAGGAGAGCGCAAGGACCGGCCCACAAACAUGCAGCCAGAAUUGAGUGGUCCACAGCUGAAGCUGCUUUGUGGAGCUGAUUUCAUGGACACAUUUAAGGUGCCUGAGCUCUGGAGGGAGGAUCAUAUAGAAGAAGUGGUGGGCCGCUUCGGACUAGUCUGUGUGAGCCGCAGUAGCCUGCAGCCAGACCAGGCGAUACAUGAGUCUGACAUGCUGGCCAGGCACAGACAGAACAUUUUCCUAGUUCGGGAAUGGGUCCAUAAUGAGAUCAGUGCUACAGAGGUCCGAAGAGCCUUACGACGGGGCCGCAGCGUUAAAUACCUCUUACCAGACUUGGUUAUUGAUUACAUAAAUGAGCACAACCUGUACACGCAGGACCACGAGAUGAAGAACAAAGACGUUAAACUCCAACCUUUUACCAAGCAAACAAUACAAGACUGACUCAUAGGGACUCCAGUGUGAUAUCGUAGCUUGCAAUUACAUGUUUUGCACUGCCAUAUGUGUGUGGUCCAUAUAAAAGUUAUUGUGACGCUUAUUUUAAGCCACACUUAAUGGUUGAAUGUCUUUCAAUUUCAGUAUAUUACAAAAUAUCAAACCAAGUGGCAUUUAUUUAAGAAAAUAUACACUAUAGCACAAACACACUUCAAGUUCUAGUGGUAAAAAUUAAGCCAACACAUUUGGACACUUGUUGUCAAAUGUUAGUAGAACAUGUCCAAACUACACCGGUGUUUACUCUCUGUAUAUUUAAAAGAUUGAAAUUUCCUCUCUUCCUUUUUUAAGACAUGAAAGCAGGAAGCUCUAGAGACAUUGCAUAUUUUGCAGUUUUAUCCAUAACCAAUGUUACCUGUCUGCCACGGUAUAGUGUGUGGAGAGGGAUUUAAGAAUGUAUCCUAUCUCUGCAGCAGUUAGAUUUGUCAGAUCACUACAGAGCUGUAUGUAUAUGUUCUGCAGGUCAGGGAUUUGUUGACUUUUGCUGAAUGUCACAAGGAAGAUAAAUAACAGAGCCUUUACACUUUGGAGAGCAAACAUUCCUUCUUGAAUUUCCAUUUGCACAGUAGGCGUCAGUCAGAUCUCACAAGAUGUUUCAUCAAGCAUUGUCGAAAGAAAAAAGUAUCGGAUGAAAUAAAAUGAAAGAAUGCAGUUUGGGAUGUUUGAGGUGAUGUCUAAUUCUGAAACUAAUAGUUUAAAUCUAAAAGUCUUUUUCAUUGUGUUACUAACAGCAAAGUUUUGGCUCAAACAUGCUAGUUGCUUAAAGAGUGUUUUUGAAAAGUGCUUGCCUACAGCUUUGUGUGGGUUUCAAUAAAGAAGCUUGAGAAAUUGGCUGAUUGAGAUUAAUUCAACACAGUCUCUCUUUUCUAGAUUGCACAGAAUGGCCAUGUGUUCCAACACAAAGCAAAAUACACUUUAACUGACAGAGUGACAAGUCAAUUAGACCAUAUAUCAAUAGCAAUACUUACUUUCCAGAAAACAUCUUUUAUUUGAAGAAGAAAUAGUUCUACAUCACUAAAAUGCAUUUGAAAAGUUGGCAUCCACUUGUUUUUGCUGUUUUGCUUUUCAUCUGAAAUUCCUUAAUUAAGGUGUCUUUGAUCAUGUGAACUAAUUAUUUUCACUAACCCUAGUUUAGUAAUUCAUCUCAACCUUGCCAAGAACUCCUUGUGAUCCGAGCCAACCCGUCUAUUGACCACAACCUCGCUAUUCAUCUUGGUUUAACCACACUAAAGCCAACCAGGACAGCCUGGAACUUUUGGGAGUGGUGGUUGAUAACCAGCUUAACUUCACCCACAUCUCAUCAACCUCCCAGUCUUGCAGGUUUGCACUGUAGAACAUGUCUGAAUAUGCUGUGUAGCUCCUGGUCCAACCUCUGGUCAUUUCAAGAUUGGCUUACUGUAACGCGCUGUUGGCCAGCCUCCCAGCUAGUGCGAUUAAGCUGCUGCAGAUGGUCCAGAACACAGUAGCAUGUCUGGACAGUAGCAUGAUCACUCCUAUCUUGUUUUAACUCCACUGGUUACCUGUAGCUGCCUGCAUCAAGGCUUUGACACUGGCCUUCAGGACAACAAUGAAACAGCACCCUCUUACUUCAAGGGUGGUCAAGAGUUUUUGACAUAAUUGUAUGAUGUAAUCUUAUCCAAGUUUGUGAUGAUGGAUUCAAACUCUGGACGUGGAGAUGCAGCUUCUACAACAGUAUCUAAGAGAAGAAAAAAAUAAACCCAAAGGCAAUCAGAUUAUGAUGACCCUAUUCAAAUGAGGGUUUCUUUUAGAUGAAAGCAUUAGUUUGUGGGAGAACAGCAAUAUCAAGUCUUCUUUACUCAAGCCUAUCAGUGGAGUCCAUUAAUGCACCUCACAAUGCCGGCUGAUUAUAACGGCUACUGGAAAUGAUCUCCAAUGACAACUUUGAAGAGUAUCCCAAAGCUCUCUGAGUUUUUAGACAGCUCAGUAAAAGCAAUGAUAUGUUCUUAAUUAGAGAUUAAAAUGUGUGCAAGUUAGUUUAGCAAGACAUGAUGUAAUUGUCUUAAAAAGGCCAA